CCGUACUUUUUUAACGUUUGAGAAUGAAAAUGUGUCACGAAAAUCGGAAAAAGUUACAAGAGUUUCUGUUGCUCGCGCCAUUUCUUGCUCAGGAAUAACAUUCCCGCCAAAGCGGAUGAACCAAGUCAGGUUCGAUAAGCUAAUAGCACCAGGUGGUUGCGUCGUUUGCGUUUUUAUUAUCAGUGUUCCCAGGACUUCGCCCAGCGCACCGCGCUUAGUGAUACGAGGUUUCGUUCCUCGUCCAAGUGCGUCUGAACAGCUCCUAAUGUCAGUUCCGUCAAAUUCAUCGCCGCUCGCUAAAUCGAACUAGUUUUUAGUGAAACAUUGCUUUGUCGAUUUUCCCCUCGAAUAGUGCCCACGAUUUUUUUGUGCAUCCGACUGUCAACCGUGCAUUGUGCAAAACUUUACACGCUGCCAUUUUUCCGGAAAAUCGCUGCACGUGUUACCAUGACUCCCCAUUUUUCCAUGGAACCCAUACAUUAUCGUUUUUCCUAAAGAAGAAAAAUAUCUUAUUGAAAGUAACUUUACAGUUCCUAUAGCUCUACAAUAUCUGUUAGGCCUGUUGAUAUCCUAGUUCCUCUUAAAUUGAAAGUAUAUUCUUCCUUUCCUCACGCAGUGUAUUUAACUAAUUAUUGAAUUUUCAAAAAAAUUCAAGCUGUCCUCAGACUGUCAGAUCCUCUUCUUUCUCGUCAUUUUGUGAAAAGUCUUGUCUUGCCCUCUCGCCAUGCGGUAAUUUUUUCGCGAUAGCACAGUGCGCUCCAGGUUCUAUAACAUGACACUGAACCCAGAAACCGAAACAUGCACCGGGCACCGGAAGACGAGUGCGACGGACAGUCUUCCCGCGCGCUGUCUCACGAAACUAAUGUCUUUGCGGAGGAAAGAUUCGCCCGUCGUCCCAGACAGAAACGCACAACGCCCGAAGAUGUCCAUCAUGCCGAAGUCGUUCCAUUUGUCAGUCCCUCACAACGUACCAAGGAAAUGGCCAUCCGAGGACGGUCUCCAGGUGCUAACCAAACGAGUCCCCUCGUCGCUGCGUUACGUCCCGGUGCCACCGAACGAGUUCUACAUAUCCAUCAGCUACGAGAACAUCUACAACCUCCCUGUGAGACAUGGCCGCUCACACCCGUUCGUUCAGAACUCGGGCGGUAAAAUGGAAGGGCACCCCUUAGGAUCCACCAAGCUGUUGAGGGGGUCGCCGAUGGGCAGCUGCCCGGACAUAACCAAGCACGCGCACGCCCAUUCGCACGGACAGGCGCAGUCCAAACGCGGCGACCGUAGGUAUCCUUACGAUUACGUGUACGGAGGGACCCUUCGCGAGUACGUCGCUCCUCAAAAUGUUUACGAGACUGUCGGAAGCAAUUACUGCGAGAGGAGUCGCCUCAAGUAUAGUUUCUACUCCAACGGUUACGGCAACGAUCAAGCUACGGCGUUCUCCUCGAAAUUAUGUACGGCAACGACCCCGUCGACGCGGAUGUCAACGGACACUAAAAAACUUAAUGUAGCUCCCUCACCAGUGCGGUCGGGUAAGAAACCUCCAACGGUUAGAAGCUCGGGUUGUUCGAGCAAGUCGAAAGAUUCCCCCGAGAAAACUUCAUCGAACAAAGUGCGUUCCAGGGAGAACGGACGGAUACGCGAGACGGCUAUAGCGAGCAACGGCGUGAGUCAAAGACGUAGCUCCAAGCUUGGCCACGACGAGAAGUGUGACUCAGGUUCCAAGGUAGAUUUACACAGAGGAGAGUCCCUGUUGGCGUUGAGGAUCAGGAUGACGUCGAUGCACGGGCUCCCACCGUUGCCGAGGAGUCUGUCGCACGAGGCGGCCAGAGUGAACGGUAUGGACCAAAGCGGGGCGGACUGGAGCAGCGGCGGCGGCCCCAGCGCGAGGCCCGAGCGGAAAGGACGGACCCUGCCGACCCCGCCCGCCACCCUGAGCCAGAACGGCGAGACGCCCAGACCGCCGAGGCACGUGACCGCCACCUCGGAGGAAACCAAGUCGAUCGAAACCAAUCUGGCCACGCUCCGCGAUGAAAUGUAUCGUCUCCGUCAAGUGGACGUCGCUCUUUUGGCUCAAAUGUGGUCAUUAAAUAAAGCAAUUCAAGAGUUCUGCCGCCUACAAGAAUCCCCCAUACCAUCUCCAUCUGAUGAUGGGGAGGACACUGGUGAAGUUUUCACCCCUAAAAAGAAGCUGCCAAUUUCUAGGAGACGCUAUCAGCAAGAAGACCACAAGUUAAGUGAAGGUAGCUCCUCCUCGAGUACUUCUGUUGAGUUAGGAAAAGUGUAAUGAAUUUCUUUUGAUUGUUAAUUUUGUAUUAGCCUGUACUAGUGAAACUUGCAAUUAUUCCAGCAUUUGAUUUUUUUUUCAUUUAGUAACUUUUCCAUUUGUAUUUACAAUUUUGUUACUCGGUGCAUUUACGAAUCUCAAUUUGAAUUAAACUGAUUUUGAAUGUGCUUUCCUCCUACAAUAAUUAUGGUUAAUAUAGAUAACUAGGGCUAAAAUCAAAGCUUGAAUUUCAAGUAGAAUUGAUUUCUGUUGUCUUGUAGAUACUUUAUCAAUUUUUUAGGAUGAGAAGUUUUGUUUUUUUGUAGGUUUUAAAGUAGGAAUUAGAAAACUACCAAUACUGAAGUUCAACUAUUACAAAAGCCUGAUUGAACAAAAUGAGGCUGAAGAGUUUGUCUUUGAGACUGAAAUAUCAUAUGCAUAGGUUGUUAAGAUUUUUAAGUAAUUUAAGGUUACAGUAAAUUGGUUCCCCGGCCGAAACCAUUUCAAAAAAAGUAUUGCGCAUGUUUACUUCUGCUCCUGAAAAUUUAACUAAUGGGUCAGAUAACAUGUUUGCCAUGAGGUAUUUUUUAUCAAAAAGAAUCUGGCUCCGCUCCAGAUAGCCUGAUAGGUCAACUGUCAGCCACUGGUGGCUGGCACCUUCUAAAGUCAAGGUUCUGGUCAUUUUUCAACUUGAGUCAGAAAUCGCAAGACUGUUCCAUCUAAAACUGAAUAGGUACCUAACUUGUUUCCAAGAUUCACUCUAGAAUUAUAAGUAUAGGACUAAUUCAUCUAUUAGUACAUUGGCUGAUAACCGUGUGUCAGCAACCAGAGGCUUACUUCAGCCCAUUUGAGAAUGUUGUUACCCUAUGGCAUAUCGUCAGUGUGUUAAAUCCAUCAUUGUCAACUUAAAAAAUGUUCCAAUUGCGCUAGGCACCAAAUUAAAUUUUGAUUGCUCAAGCUCUCGAAUUAAGAAAAAAUGAGAUCUGUCCAAACACCUAAUUUUUACAUCCUGUAGUGGCGGAUAUAUUGAUCGAAUUUUGGAAAACUAUGUGUAAGUAUGAUGUCAUCCACCUCAGUAGUACAUACCAAGGUUUCUUCCACCUUGUUUUCAUCCCUGUAUACUGAAAUAACCAAUGCAAGUGUCUAUCACUGAUUGAUGAAUCUAAGCUGAAUAAACCAUGGUGUGUGCUCCCAUGGUGAACGACUUCAUACUGUGUUUUCUGAAGGACGAUAUCUCUGUUAAUAUUCGACAUGGAAACUCCAAGUUUAGAAAGGUCUUCUUUUUUUGUUGAUAUUUAAUCUUGAGUCAUCAAAACGAGAUUCUGUGACUAGCACAACUGACCCAUUGAUUUUAUACUAACCGCGUGAAACACACAUCUUAGUCAAUAUCUGCUAACGGUUGAGAAGUAGUUAUGUUUUUGUUUAAUCGGUUUAAAGCUCUUGUGAAAAAGAAUACCUUGUGUCAUCCAUAAAAAUGUUUUCGGUAUAUUCUGUCCGAAUCACACAUCAAUGUGAUAGCAAUUGGACUGCAUUUUGCAAUUUGGAACCAUAAAUUCUGGCUCUCCUGUAAAAACAUGUUUGUGCAUAGGGAAACUAAUGGUACCUACGGUAUUUUUAAACUGGGCUAGAAUUUAUAGUUCCAAAUUGCAAAAUAUAGUCCAAUUACCCUUUCCAUCCCCUUGUCUCCUCACUAUUAGAUAUCUUAGCUGGCCUUAAAAUUUUAAAAAGUUAGUCAAAAAGAUUUUCUGCCUUUUAAUCAGCAGAUUUCUUAAGAAAGUGAUGUAACAAUCUGCCAAAAAAAUCUGUCUGACAAAUUGCAUCCUCAACCUCUUGCCAAUGUUAACCUUUUGAAAGGUCCAAAAUUGUAUUUAAAUUUAAAAUAUGUAAUAAUAAAAAUUCUAUCUGACCCUA